CUGUUUUCCUCAUCGAGUCCAUCUAUUAUAACGUGUCGUCCAUCCUCAGUCCUGCGGCAUAUGGUAAAUGCUUCAGAGUUUAAAGAGAUCCAAGUUGGCUUGGCUCCGAUUUCAUUUCACCACUGCCCGUGCGCUUCCUGCCUCCGAUACAACCGAGAAGAGGAGAAGCAGAUCGACGAAUCAUCAUCCAUCGCCUCUGCCUUCCUCCUGUCCCGCCCCCUGCCGUGAGAGCAACAUCGCAAUACGGGCCGGCCGCGCGAAGCAAACAAGGCGAGCAAAUCUUGGGGAAGCCGCCCGGCCGUGGCCAUCGCGCUCCUCCUAACAUUCUCCACCAUUCUUCUCAAAAAAGAAUUCAUUUUCCUUCCUGGUUUCCCUUGUGCUCGCCGCCGGUCCGUCCCUCUUCCCCAAUAUUCUGCGUGUAUAUUAGCUGCUGAUUUCCGGGCUUCUUCUCGGUCGGUCCUUCCUUGUUCUUGUUCUCGUGUUGCUGGAUUAGUCGGUGGGAUUGUCUCUGUGGAUUUCUGCAUUUACCCGGCCGCCGGAGAUGGAGAACGGGCACGGCGGCAGCAAGCACCGGGUGGCCGUCAUCGGCAGCGGCAACUGGGGCAGCGUCGCCUCCCGCCUCCUCGCCUCCAACACCGCCAAGCUGCCCUCCUUCUACGAUGAAGUAAGGAUGUGGGUGUUUGAAGAAACUUUGCCAACAGGAGAGAAGCUAUCCGAGUGCAUUAACCGAGCAAAUGAGAACUGCAAAUACUUACCUGGUAUAAAGCUUGGAACUAAUGUAAUUGCUGACCCUGACUUGGAGAGUGCAGUCAAAGACGCAGAUAUGCUGGUUUUUGUGACUCCCCAUCAAUUUGUGGAGGGUAUAUGUAAGAAGCUUGUCGGCAAACUAAGACCAGGAGUACAGGCCAUAUCCCUCAUCAAGGGCAUGGAGGUCAAGAUGGAAGGACCAUGCAUGAUAUCAAAAUUAAUUUCGGAUACACUUGGAAUCAAUUGUUGUGUCCUCAUGGGUGCCAACAUUGCAAAUGAGAUUGCUGUUGAGAAGUUCAGUGAAGCAACAAUUGGAUAUCGGGAAGAUAAAGAAGCAGCAUCGCGAUGGGCUAAACUUUUCACCACUCCUUACUUCCUAGUUUCUGUUGUAGAAGAUAUCGAGGGAGUAGAACUAUGUGGGACACUAAAAAAUAUUGUGGCCAUUGCAGCAGGCCUUGUUGAUGGCUUGGAUAUGGGAAAUAACACCAAGGCUGCCAUAAUGAGGAUUGGUUUGCGGGAAAUGCGUGCUUUCUCAAAGCUUUUGUUCCCUUCAGUCAGAGACAACACUUUCUUUGAGAGCUGUGGUGUGGCUGACCUUAUAACUACAUGCCUUGGUGGGAGAAACAGGAGAGUGGCGGAGGCCUUUGCAAGGAAUGGUGGCAAAAGGUCUUUUGAUGAGCUAGAGGCAGAGAUGUUGCAUGGACAAAAACUCCAGGGGGUAUCUACAGCAAGAGAAGUCUAUGAAGUAUUGACUUAUCGCGGGUGGCAGGAGCUGUUUCCGCUUUUAUCAACUGUACACGAGAUAUGUAUCGGACAACUUCCUCCUACGUCAAUAGUUGAAUACAGUGAGCAUACGCCCAAUCUCUCAAUCAUCGGUGGUUCUACUCCAUGUUACUGAGCUCGAUACUGAAAUUUGUAUUACAGCCUCAAUUCUCAGUAUCACCUGUUAUAAAGAAAACAAGGCGAGAAAUACUGAAUGUCUGAAUAUUUUUCAAAUAGAAAUAUAAUUGUUCAGUCAUGUCACCUCAAAGUGCAUGACCUUAUGAGCCCA